UUAAACUCGUGUUGAAGAUGAGAAGAAACAAAGAGGCUACACUUCAGCUUUUAUAAACUCUAGAGAGAUUAUUUAGCGAACACGACACAACUCCUGCCUUUAUUCAUUAUAUCCUGGCUCUUGACUGUCAAUUCCUCUGUGAAAGCGAUCAGGAAUAGCGGACUUUUAACGUGUUCAUAUGUAAACAGGCCUGAUGGAGGAGACACACCGUCAUGAGAAAAUCAUAGAAAAUAAACACUCACUGAAGAGAAAAGGCAAGAAAUGCGUCACCUGCACUCAGUGUGGAAUAAGUCUGUUUAACAAACGGAGUCUCGGAUAUCACAUGAUGAUCCACACCGGAGAGAAACCAUACAAAUGUUCUCAGUGUGGGAUGAGUUUCAGACACCCGUCAAACUUUGGUAGACACAUGAUGACCCACACUGGAGAGAAACCACACAAAUGUGAUCAAUGCAGCAAAACAUUUUUGAGGGCUUCAGGGCUGAAGAGACACCUUACAGUUCAUACAGAGGAGAAGCUUUAUUCAUGCUCUGUUUGUGGGAAGAGUUUCAGACAUCAAGAUGGUUUAAGAAAUCAUCAGAAGGUCCACACCGGUGUGAGAGAGCAUAUUUGCUUGGAGUGUGAGAAGACCUUCAUUACGGCUGUAAAAUUGAAAAUACAUGAGAGAAUUCACACUGGAGAGAAACCUUACACCUGUUCACACUGUGACAAGAGAUUCAGUCAGUUAGGAAGCCUGAAUAAACACAAGAGGAUUCACACUGGAGAGAAACCUUACAAGUGUUCACACUGCGACAAGAGAUUCAGUCAGUCUGGAAUCUUGAUAAAACAUGAGAGGAUUCACACUGGAGAGAAACCGUACACGUGUUCACACUGUGACAAGAGUUUUAAUCAGUCUGGAAUCCUGAAAACACAUGAGAGGAUUCACACUGGAGAGAAACCUUACAGGUGUUCACACUGCGACAAGAGAUUCGGUCAUUUAUUUAGCCUGACGACACAUAAAAGGAUUCACACUAGAGAGAAACCUUGUAACCUUGAAGGUGUAAAGUCGCCAUAGUCUAACAAGACUGCAUAUCUGCAGUGUUUCUCUUUAGGUCGGUGAUCCUCAACCACCGGGCCGCAGACCAGUACCGGUCAAUGGAUUAAUUAGUACCGGGCCGCACAAGAAAUAAUAAAUAAAAUGGAAAUAAUUAAUGAUCUGAGUCUGAACAGUCAUUCAUUUUGAAAAAUCACCAUAUUCUAUCUCUUACAUCUCGGUCACUUGGGCGCCCAAAUUUAGUCCACAAGCAGCAAAAUAAGUAGGGAACAGACAUCAGUAGAAAGUUUCUUUGCUAAGGGGAAAGGGCCCAGUGAAUUGUAAACUGCCAAGGAAUGGAUCCGCAAUGCAGCUGUCAACAAAUCAGAUGCAGACAUCCCAAGUCUCCCGGAAGUUCGCGGGUGCGCGGCUUCCAUGGCUUCUGGUCUUGAAGACUCGACGCUGGCCUUCCAGACCAGAUGCACACAGUUGAAUGAAUCCUGCGAGCGCACCGCGAGUCACAUGACAAGAAUUGACCGAUCAGCUUCAACUUGUAUGGAAUAUUCACAUUUCGGUAAGACUAAUUAUCUCAGACAAGCACAGAAUACUCAAACACUGCAUUGCUUUGUAAUUGUUUCCAUAAAUAAAACUUGUAUCAG